GGCCGAGUGAAUUUUUGAAGAAGCAUUUUGUGUGGGAUAAACCGAGAACUCACAAUAGUUCUUCUCUCUAUCUUCUCCGUCUUCCACAGUAUGGUUCCGGCGAUGCUGUCAGCUUUCCGGCCACUUCAAUCAAGAAGGGCAUGAUAACGUACCCAAGGGUAGGACGGAUUCUGAGAUCUCUAAUGGAAAGCCAAUCUCAGGAAAGGGUUUACUUUCAUUAUAACCACACUGAUGCUUGCAAGUACUCCAGAUGGACCUCUAGGGAAUGUUAUGAAUUCAUGUAUGAUAGACCUUGGCAACGAGUACUUGAUUUUUAUUCAAAUGUAGUCAAUGGUAGAGCUUCCUUGUCAGCAUUGUUUGGAACGGAGACACAAACUGCUGAAAUUAUAAAGGCUUCUGAUAUAUGUGAAUCAUCGAGUGUUCCAUCCAAAGAUAGGUCAGGAAGGUGGGCAAGAGUAACAUUUAAGAUAGUCCUUUCAUAUCAUGGAGCUUCUUUUGACGGGUGGCAGAAGCAGCCUGGCUUGGACACUGUUCAAGGUUUGGUAGAAAAAUCUCUUGGGGAAUUUGUUGAUGAGAAGAAAGCACAACUGCUGAAAGACAAGGGUUUACCACUUGAAGGCUGUGCUUUGGUUGCUGGGCGCACUGACAAGGGAGUGACAGCUCUUCAGCAAGUUUGUUCUUUUUAUACUUGGAGAAAGGAUGUUAAACCUAGAGAUAUUGAAGAUGCCAUUAAUAUUGCAGCACCAGGAAAGCUCAGAGUCAGAUCUGUGACUGAGGUGACACGUGCAUUUCAUCCUAACUUCUCUGCCAAAUGGAGGCACUAUUUGUAUAUAUUCCCUUUAAAUGAUGGAGAGAUGGGGGAGCAAAGCAGUGCAAAUGAGGAGGAUGUUGAGAAUAUUAAUUCUAUUAAAAAUCAUGAUAAAACAGAGUAUAAAUGUGGGGAGGACUUUGGGGCAUCAAAUUUUGAGAACUUUCUUGACCAAGGCAAUGAUGAGCUUGAAAGCCAGAAUAAACCAACGAGUUUUAGAGUAAGCAAGGUCAAUCAACUUCUAUAUCAAUUAGAAGGAAAGUUAUUAUCCUAUAAGAUGUUCGCACGGGAUACUAAAGCUUCAAGAAACAUUGGUCCACCAACGGAGUGUUUUGUCUACCAUGCCCGAGCCAAUGAAGUUAUAUUACCAUGUUCUACCAAGGAUGGGAAAGGUACAAAGGCAAUGUGUGUUGAGUUGGUCGGUAACCGCUUUUUACGUAAGAUGGUUCGAGUUCUUGUGGCAACAUCAAUAAGGGAAGCAGCUGCUGGUGCAGAAGAGGAUGCAUUGCUAAAGUUAAUGGAUGCUACAUGCAGACGUGCCACCGCUCCACCAGCACCCCCUGAUGGUCUUUGCCUUGUUGACGUAGGGUACACACAGUUUAACCCACAAAAUUGCCUCAUCUGUUGAGGUAAAACUAACAUCACAAUUAUAGAGAUGCAAAUUUCCUAUUUCAAAUAUAGGAGUUCAGGACCCACGUGCUUCAAUGGGUCCCACCAGAGAAUUUUCCCAAGUGAAAAAUAGCUAAUCUGUUGGUAUUCAACACCAAAUCCAACAUAGUCCCGUUUUGUACGACAUACUUGAUGAUUCAAAUUAAAAUUUUAUUUUCGUCUCACAUUUAGUAGUUUCUCCUGGAAAUUUGUAUCAAAGCAUACCCCAUUGAACUCUGGCUGUAGCCUGUAUUUAGUAGUUUUUAGAAGAAUUAUUCAAGAUGUUUUGCAAUAGAAAUGAGUCGGUACUUGUCAGCAAAGAUAA